AUGCCUCCGGGUUCGACAGGCAACUGGGCCGAUGAGCGCGUCGCCCUCAGCGGCACUGGCGUGGGCGAGGAGUUCCUGCGCCGCGCGGCGUGCCACGACGUCGCCGCGCGCGUGGCGUACGGCGGAGCGACCCUGCAAGAGGCUGUGCGCGCCGUCGUGUUUGACAACUUUGCGCCGGGGGACGGCGGGUUUGUUGGGGUCGACAGGGACUACAACAUCUCAAUGGAGUUCAACUCUGGCGGCAUGGCGCGCGCAGCGGCGGACCACACGGGGCGACGAGAGGUGGCCAUCUUCAAGUGA